UGCGACAUUCACCGUUCAGCGUUCGGCCAGUGUGCACGUGGGUUUCGGCUUGAAACUCCUAAAAUUCGGUUACGGCUACGGUUCAUCCUCCAUAACAUACGGUGGGACGGGAGGGGGGUCGGACAAAAGUGUGACACAAAAAUAGCCCAAUGCAAAAUUGAUUGCUGCUCAUCAGCAGCAGCAGCAGAGCAGCAGCAGCAGAAUAGCCAGCAGAGGUGGCAACAGCAACAACAUUAGUAACAGCAUGCGAAGGAGAAAGAAAAGUGAAAUGAAAGAGAAAGCGAAAGAGAGAGAGAACCAAAGUGGACUCUAGGCAUGGGCAGGCCAGCAGCAGCGGGCCCUCACCCCCCCAGCCAAAUGUUGUCAGUGUUGUGCCAGUGUCCAAUUCGUGAUUGCAUAAUGAGACGCCGCUAAAAGUCAAAGUCCAAACGAGAGGAAGAGAAGAAGAGAUUAGAAGUAAGAAAAAGUGCCAAGUGUUAAAAAAAAAAAACCAGCAAGCAAUAUUUCAACUAGCCACAAAACCCAAAAGAAAACCGAAAGAAAACCAAGUGAGAGAGAGAGAGAGAGAGAGAGGGGAGAGAGUGUGUGUGUGCAGGAAUGCCCUUCGGUCGCAAGUCCCCGCUGGAGGCUCUGGCCCUCCCCGGUGUGAUGCUCGCCUACAAGUACAGCCAGUUCCGGCAGCGUCGCCGCGAGGCGGCCAGCCGACGGGUCACCGAGCGCGAACUCUCGGCGCUGCAUCAUAAAAUCGACAAAUUGCUGAGCAAGUUGGAAGAGGAAAGCGAACCGGAUCCACCCACCUCGCAGGAGGAUGAGUGCGUGAUUUGUAUCAACGCCAGGGCCACCAUGCAGACCUCGCCCUGCGGCCAUCGUGUCGUCUGCCGCCGCUGUUUCGUGAAGACCAUCCAGAGUGCGGUGGCCCAGCGACUGUUGCCGCUGCGCUGCGUGAUCUGUAGGGCACGGGUGAACCGGCUGACCUCCUCGUCGGGCACCUGGCGCAUCCAGGAGUCGGCCAGCAGCUACUCGAUGGGGGCCAAGAGCUGGGCCUCGGCUGGCGUGGCAGCUGGCGGGGUGGUGGCCUCCGCCAGCUCAUAUUCGAUGAACGAUGCACACAGUGGACACCACACGUUCCACCACCAGCCCACGCUGCACAAGGCGGCGACGGUGGGGCGACACCAUCAGGCGGUGCGUGGCACUCGCGGCCGUCUGGUGUCCCAGUCGGACAGCCUCUACUCGAUGAGCUCGACAGGAUCGGCGGGAUCCUCUCUCUCCGGAUACUCGCACUACUCCAAGACGUCUUCCAUAUCGAGCAGCGGCCCCUGCUCCCCAGCCUCGGCGGCGACCUCCAGUUCCAAUCACCUGGCCCCCCCAUCGCCCGGCACCCACCACCAACAUCAUCAUCAUCAUCACCACCACCACAGAGAUGCCCAUCACGCGUCCACAUCCCCCACACCGUCUGGCUCCUCGGGCAGUUCCCUCUCGCCGCGCGACACUGGCAGUCACUCGCAUCAUGGUGGCUGCCCCAGCGGCUGCUCGGGAGCGGUGCCCCGCAAGCCACUCCAUACGCUGAGCAACUGCACCACAUCCACAUCCACAUCCGCAUCUUCUUCGAGUGGCAGUGGCAGCGGCAGCAGUGGGGGUAGCGGUGGCAGCGGAACCAUGACACCCAUGCACACCUAUCCGGGUCGGAGGCAUAUAAAGAAUCGUCUGCUGGACAUCCAGAACCGCCUGCCCCCCAUCAAGGAGUUCCGCAGUCCGGCCAAGGUGCCACACCCCUCGCCGGUACACGUCAGCAAUCCCAGGUUUCGGUAUGCCUCCUACACAAAGUCCAGUACUCACGAGCUGGCCCCACUGCUGCGGGAGGGGGCGUCACCGCCUCCUCCACGUCGGCCCAGCCCCAUGAACAUUCAGCUGAGUUGUACCACUCUGGCCCCGCCACCGCUCAAGGCGGGUGGCGCCAAGAUAUGCCCCGUGACUGCAAAGAACGCGCUGCCCAAGAGCGCCUAUGUGAUGCCCAAGGACAAGAAGAUUGCUCAGACCCCGCCAGCAGGUGGAAAGGGUGCUGCUGCUGGCCCACCAAAGGCAGCGACUCUGGGAGCAGGCAGCACAUCCAAGGCUGGGACAUCUUCAGUGGAUAUCUCGGUUUCCGGCUCCGGCUCUGGCUCGGGAACAUCCGCAUCCAGUAAUCCCAAGCCAGCUUCUUCCAGCCCCUCCCGUCGCAGCUUUCCGCUCUUUUCCGCCGGCAGCAACCAGAAAGAAAGGGCUGACAAUAAAAAGAACGAGUCCGUGGAGCGCAAGAAGAAGGAGGAGAAGCUCAAGCUGAAGGCAGAGAAGGAGGCCAGGAAGGAGGAGAAGCGACUGGCCAAGGAGGAGGAGCGUCUGGCCAAGCUGCACGCCAAGGAGGAGAAGAAGCGCGGCAAGAAGGAGGCCAAGGAGCUGCUAUUGGCCAACGACAUCAAGAAGUGAAUCACAUUCCGAUUUUUGGCAAAAGCAAAAGCAUAUUUCCAGUUGCAAUUCUAGAUUUAAGGAGCCCAUAACCGAUUGAAUGAUUUAUAUAUAUAAAGAGUAUAUCAAAUCAGAUCGGACAUACACACACACACACACACAUUCCGCUAUCCAUAGAUAUCGAGCUUGAUUGUAUUUUAAGAAUAAUAGCCGAGGAUCCUCGUUUCAAAUUCAAAACAGCAUUUGGCAGAAUUUGGCAGCAUUUGUUCAGUAAAGAGAGCCAAGA